UUUUUUGGAAAAAACAAAAAAAUACACAGGUACAAGAAUUUUCGUUACCGCCACUGCUUCGCUUCCGCAACAUCUUCAAUCUUUCAGACCCGUCAUUUUCCCCGAUCUGCAGCGCUGCGAUUCUUGCAAUCCAUUUGAGAUUCUGAGCUCUCAAGAGAAGAUCUAUGAACAAUCUCAGAUCAAUAUGUCGCCCAGACGCCGUCUUUUCUUCCUUCGUUUGCUACAGACACCAAGCUCUUUGUAAGUUUUCAUUACGAAGCCCUGGUUCGAAAUUUCGCCUUCCUCGGCCUUCCGUGUUCACUCCUUGGAUCAAUUCCUCGGAUAUUCACAGAAUCGAAUCUUGGUUUCGCGUGAAUCAGAGGAGAUUGAUUGUCAGGGCUUCGAAGUGGGCUGACGAGAAAUCUCCAUACGAAACUCUUGAAUUGGAAAGGGAUGCUGACGAACAAAAAAUAAAGCUCGCUUAUCGGCGUUUGGCCAAGUUCUAUCAUCCAGAUGUCUACGAUGGUAAGGGGACACUGGAGGAAGGGGAAACAGCCGAAGCUCGAUUCAUUAAGAUUCAAGCUGCAUAUGAGUUGCUCAUAGAUGGGGAGAAGCGGAGGCAAUAUGAUAUUGCUAACAGAGUCAACCCAAUGAAGGCAUCCAAAGCAUGGAUGGAGUGGCUUAUGAAAAAGAGAAAAGCUUUUGACCAACGAGGUGAUCUGGCUGCCACAGCUUGGGCUGAGCAGCAGCAGCUUAAGAUGUAUCUCCGUGCCCGCCAUCUAUCUCGCUCCAAGAUUGAUCCUGAAGAAGAGAGGAAGAUUCUGAGAAAAGAGAAGGCAGCUUCAAGGGAGUACUUCUCCAAUACUGUUAAACGGCACACACUUAUUCUGAAAAAGAGGGAUCUAAUGCGAAAGAAAGCAGAGGAAGAAAAUAAAAAUGUUAUCAGUGAGCUGCUUGCUGCAGAGGGCCUUGAGCUUGACACUAAUGAUGAUACACAGUAGACAAUUUGGCCAAUACAGGUUGCUUUGAAAUGUGCAUUGUAUGCAUAUGAAAUCAUAUUUUGUUGUACAAAAAUUGUCUAUAUAUAAAAUUGCUUUGUGGUGUCUAUUGUUGGACUGAUAUUGUAGGCAUACUGAUGAUUCUAUACUUAAACGGUUUCUUUUGAAGCAUCUAACAUAGUUAUCCAGAUUCAGAUUUUAUUGUACAAAAAAUUGUACAUACCAUUGCUUUCAAAGCAAAGGAUAUAAAAGAAAAACUUCCACUUUGCUGGUGUCC